AUGCAGACAGAGAGCUCUAUUGUGUCGCCUGUUGACCAGAGUGUCUACAAGACUGUGCGUCUAUCCACUCGUGAAGAGGCCAUGGCUGCUGUGAAUAAAGCUCAUGCUGCUCAAGCUGCCUGGAAAGCUACUUCACUCGAAAACCGCAUUGCCCUGGUUACCAAGUUUGUUGAGCAUUUUGUAGGCAUGCAAGACGAUAUUUGUCUGGAACUGACCUGGCUGAUUGGAAGACCAUUGCAGCAGAACAAGAACGAAGUACGAGGUUUUGAGGAACGAGCCCGUCACCUGCUCUCAAUUGCCAAAGAAAGUCUUGUCGACACUCCUCUUGUCAAACAAGGGUUUAAUCGUUUUAUUCGUCGUGAGCCUCUUGGUGUCAUCUUUUCGAUCGCUGCGUGGAACUAUCCAUAUCUGAUUGCUGUGAAUGUCGUUGUUCCUGCUCUUCUUUCCGGAAAUACUGUGCUUUUGAAACAAGCUCCUCAAACUUUUCCUUGCGGAGAGCGGUUUGCUCAGGCUUUUGCUAUGGCCGGAUUGCCUGCCGGCGUGUUUCAAAAUCUGUGUAUGGACCAUGCAGUUGCUGAAGCUGUUAUUCAAAAUCCACUUGUAAACCAUGUGCAGUUUACUGGAUCCGUUCGUGGUGGACGUGAAGUUAACCGUGCGGCUGCUGACAGGUUUAUUACUGUGGGAUUGGAGCUGGGUGGAAAUGAUCCUGCAUUUGUUCGAAGUGAUGCAGAUUUGCUCAGUGCAGCAGAGAGUCUUGUCGAUGGCGCCAUGUACAACUCUGGCCAAAGCUGCUGCGGCGUGGAACGCAUCUACGUUCAUAAAGACGUAUACCAAGCGUUUGUAGACAAGGUUGUUGAGAUCACAAAACAGUAUGUGCUUGGAAAUCCCAUGAAAGAAGGGGUUAAUCUUGGUCCUGUGAUUAGCAUUCAGGCUGCCAAGGCUAUCCGGGAGCAUGUUGCAGAUGCUGUUGCCAAAGGUGCCAAAAAUCUUAUUCCAGAAUCAUGUUUCUCUGCAGCCAAGGAAAAAACUCCUUAUGUUGCACCACAGAUUUUGGUGGAUGUGGACCACACUAUGCGUAUCAUGACUGAAGAAACGUUUGGACCUGUGGUGGGAAUCAUGAAAGUUUCAAGCGAUGAGGAAGCGAUUCGUCUCAUGAAUGAUAGUGAUUUUGGAUUAACAGCAUCCAUCUGGACCAAGGAUGUGAAUGCAGCAAUGCAGAUUGGUGAUGCACUUCAAACUGGCACGGUGUUUUUGAAUCGAUGCGACUACCUAGAUCCUGCGUUGCCGUGGAUCGGAGUUAAAGAUUCUGGACGUGGAUGCUCGUUAUCUACUCUUGGGUUUGACCAGCUUACUCGUCCAAAAUCAUUCCAUUUUCGUCUUCCAGCUUAGUCGAAGAAUAAACAUGGCUUUAUUUUUG